CUGUUAAAGCUUCCUUAGCAUUCCUUCAUCCUCAGGAGUGAGAUCAACAUGUUUAAAGUGAAAAUUCUCGUUGUAGGACCUUGUAUGGCAGGAAAGACUGCAUUGUCCAAUUUCCUAGCAGAUGCUACAGAAGGAAGCAGUGGGGAGUACCAUCCUACACAAGGAGUAAGAAUUCUUGAAUUUGAAUCACAGACCAACAGCAGACAAGGAGUGGAUGUGGAAAUGUGGGAUGUGAGUGGGGACCCAAAAUUUGAGUCUUGUUGGUCAGCUAUUGCCAAAGAUACCAAUGGAGUAAUAUUUGUAUAUAACCCUGACCAGCCCAAUCAUGAUAAAGACUUAGAAAACUGGUAUAACUAUUUUGUUGAAAACCAAAAUAUUAAAGAAAGUGCCUGCAUAAUAUUUGCACAUCACAAACCAGGGGCAAAUGAAAGGGAGAGAUCUGUACUUUCUGACACAUUUAAGAAGAUUCAUGUGAUACAAACAAACAUUGACGAUGAUGGAGAUACACUGAGAAAUGAAUUCAUGAACUAUUUAACUCAGUUACUGGCAGCCAUGACAGACAAGCGGGAGCAGGAGGAAUUGAGCAUCAUGAAUAAUCGAUGACAACAUGAGAAGAUUACAGAGACCUUUUAGACAAUUGAUAUUUUCUGUUCAUGUCCAUACUAUUUAAUUUAGAGAAUAUUAAAAAAAAAUAAUUAAAGUUCAGGUUUUACUACUGAUAAUUGUUGUGAUCACCUUUUUAUGAAAGGCUAGCUGUGUUAAAUCUGGUUGUAUAUACUUAUAAUUAAACUGUUACUGGUAUAUAUUUGCAUCAAUUUUAAAAAAAAAUGUAUAUCACUGGAUAAAUUAUGAAAGGAAAAUAUGAAGAAUUAUUAGAUGUUACUUGUAUCUGGGGUAUAAGGCAUAUUUUCUGUGGAAUUAUGCAUACCAGUAUUUCUUUAUUAAGAUCAUUUUCACCAAAUUUUGUACUACCAUGUUUAAGUACAUUUGUAGGUAGAAUGGUGACAUGAUAUGCAAAAGUAGAUUAUUAAGGAAGUGUUAUUUUACUGGAAAUUAAAAAAAUGAUACACAUGAUCA